GGGUUCCCCGCUGGCCCCGCAAUAACAUCAACGUCAUACAAGUUGCCAAUUGCUCCAAAUUUAAAGGAUCUGAGGGGCCACGCUCCUAUUGAAGGAAUGAAAAGCUGGCUUCUCCAGCUUGGUCAUACUGCUGCAGACAUCGACAAUCUGAAUGUAAUCCAUAUCGCCGGGACCAAGGAGGAAUGGAGUUUCACGAAAGAUUGGGCUAUACACAUCACCAAGCCUCUGGCCACAGAACAGAAUACAAAUCGAUGGGAAUCAACUGUCCGAGGAUUCUUCUCACAAAGGUUCCGUGAGGUAACCAAGGGACUAUGUCUCGAUUCUCUCGAGAAUACGCCAAACACUAGAGCUCCCGGGUUUCUGCAGAUGAUGGUCAUCAUAGCAUUCCACACUUUUAUCCGAGAAGGUGUUGAUGUCGUUAUCUGUGAGGCCCAUCAUGGGGGUGAAUAUGAUGCGACAAAUUUCAUCGAUCGACCUGUGGUUACUGCUAUCACAAAGAUUAGUAGAGACCAUGUCAAUAACCUGGGAGGGUCUAUCAAAAACAUCGCAUGGCAUAAAAGUGGCAUCUUCAAGACAGGCGUUCCUGCACUGGCGGUCCCACAAUUAUUGGAGGCUGAAAAUGAGAUGAAACGCAUAGCAGACGAAAAAGAACGUGUGGUCCUAUUUGAACAAAGAGAAAACAUUGCAUUAGCCAUACAAAUUGCGUGUCUGUUUCUGAAGACUAGGGAAUACUCGCUUAGUGGAUCGGAUGUUCAAGUCGGUAUAGCAACAUGUCGCUGGCCAGGGCGCUUUGAUAUUGUACAUUCUGAUGAAAACAGUUGGUUUUUGGAUGGAGCACAUAACGAAUCAAGUAUGGAAGUGGUUGCAAAUUGGUACGAGCGAAUGGCAGACGCAAAUGCUACACGAAUCCUGAUCUUUGCUCAUUUCUCACACCAGCGCACCCAUGACUGGUCCCAAGUACUCGCAACGCUGGGCGAUUCCUUGCAGACGUCUAUUCGACAUGCUAUAUUCGUCCGGGAGAUCGAGUAUGAUACUCAUUUCACAGUUACCAAUGAGCAGCAGCAGCAAUAUUCUCAACUUUGGCGAGAAAAAUGGCCAUGUUCUAUUCAUACUGUAGAUAAUGUCGGAAAGGGCAUCAAUAAGGCGAAGGAACUUUCUAGUGGUAUGGGGGCGCAUAUCUUGGUCACUGGAAGUCUAUACCUGGCGGAAGCUGCAUUGAAAGUUCUCUCUGGGUAA